AUAGCUUCUAACAACCAAUCAGCGGCAGACGUUGCAGCCAUAUGGUUAUCAAAUGUCGCUUGGAGGCGGGACGAAAUCCCAAACUAGGGUUAAAACGAGUGAGAAAGACGGUGAGAUUUCAGUACAGGGAGAACUAGGAGUAGUCAACUUAGACACGUCCGCUUCCAUGAACCAGCGCACCCCUCUGGGUACUACCUAUCUGGACAUAGCAAAAGGCGCUGUUGAGACUUUCAUGAAGCUCAGAGCCAGAGAUCCAGCGAGCCGAGGAGACCGGUACAUGUUGGUGUCCUUCGAGGAGCCUCCCGUUGGAAUCAAGGCGGGAUGGAAGGAGAAUCACGCCACCUUCAUGACUGAGCUGAAGAACCUUCAAGCUGUUGGACUCUCCACCAUGGGUCAGGCGCUCAGGACAUCUUUCGAUUUGCUCAAUCUCAAUAGAUUAGUUUCUGGAAUAGACAACUAUGGACAGGGACGUAACCCCUUCUUCCUGGAACCCUCGGUCAUCAUUGCCAUCACGGAUGGAGGCCGACUAACCAGCAGCUGCGGGGUGCAGGAUGAGCUGCACCUGCCCCUCACCACGCCCCUUCCGGGCAGCGAGCUGACCAAGGAGCCGUUCCGCUGGGACCAGCGUCUCUUUGCCCUGGUGCUGCGCAUCGCAGGCCAUACCUCAGCAGAGGUGGAGCCUUUGGGGGGGGUGCCCUGUGAUGACUCUGCCAUCACCCCCAUGUGUGAUGUCACUGGAGGGCGCUCCUACAGCGUGUUCUCCCAGCGCAUGCUGAGCCAGUGUUUGGAGUCGCUGGUGCAGAAGGUCCAGAGUGGAGUGGUCAUCAAUUUUGAGAAGACGGGGCCAGACCCCUUGCCUGUGGAAGAUGGCCCUGGUGAAGUGCCCAAACCUGGCACGCAGCCUUGGCACUGCAGCCACAGGCUGAUCUAUGUACGCCCUAACCUGAAGACGGGUGUCCCCCUUGGCCACUGGCCUAUCCCCGAGGCCUUCUGGCCGGACCAGAACUCACCCACGUUGCCCCCGCGCUCCGCCCACCCACAUGUGCGAUUCUCCUGCAUUGAUACAGAACCCAUGGUAGUGGACAAACUGCCUUUCGACAAAUAUGAGCUGGAACCCUCGCCCCUCACUCGGUACAUCUUGGAGAGGAAGUCACCCCACACCUGCUGGCAGGUGUUUGUGUGCAACAGUGCCAAGUACAGCGACCUGGGCCAGCCCUUCGGCUACCUGAAAGCCAGCACGGCCCUUAGCUGCGUCAACCUCUUCGUCAUGCCCUACGAUUACCCAGUGCUCCUGCCUCUGCUGGACGACCUGUUCAAGGUGCACAAACUGAAGGCGACUCUGAAGUGGCGGCAGGCAUUCGAGAGCUAUCUGAAGACCAUGCCCCCCUACUACAUCGGCCCCUUACGCAAGGCACUGAGGAUGAUGGGAGCACCCAACCUACUAGCAGACAACAUGGAGUAUGGUCUGAGCUACAGCGUAGUCUCCUACCUGAAAAAGCUGAGUCAGCAGACCAAACUGGAAGCAGAGCGUGUUGUUGCCUCUAUAGGGAAGAAGGCUGUUCUUGAAAGUGGGACCAAGGUUCGGUGCCGGGCUAACAGCCUAUCACUGGCUCACCAUGGGAACUUUGUGCGGCUGCUGCAAGUCAUUGUGGGUGAGAGCAGUGUCUGCCCUGAGGAGCUCAACCCCAAGGAAUUUGCCGGAUUUCAACUUGCAACACUCAAUAAGAAUAUGAAGCCCCAGAGUUUUCGCAAUGCUUAUGACAUCCCACGGAGACAACUACUGGACCAGCUCAGCCGUAUGAGAAGGAACCUACUAAAAGCCGCCACCAGAACUUUUCAGAGCCAGGACCCAGAUCAGCUGCACAGCAUUGCCAUUGCUGAGAUGGGCAACUACCAGGACUUCCUGAAACACGUGGUCCCACCUCUGAGGGAGGCAGAUGCUGACCAGCCCAAGCGCCUGCACACCUUUGGGAACCCCUUUAAACUGGACAAGAAGGGAAUGAUGAUCGACGAGGCAGAUGAGUUUGUUUCCAGCCCCCAGAAUAAGCCCAAGCGGCCAGGCGACUCUGGCAUGCUGGGAGGUGCUACUGCCCCUAAGAGGCGGAGGUGCAUGUCCCCGCUGCUCCGGCCAGGGCGUGGCUACACCCCACCUGUUCUCAGCAACCAUGCUGGUGGGCGGAGCUCCCCAACACCUCCCAGUGCCCCACCUAUGCCAGCAAGCCCCCAAGCUCCAGUUCCAUGUGCCAAACUGCUUCCCUCCCCCAGAGUGUCUGACACCAACCAUGGCAUUGAUGACGGGGUCUUUGGGAACCACAUGGGCAACCACUACAGCCCUGAGGGGCCACCGGCCCCCGAAGAUGAUGCGCUGCUGCAGGUAUCACCAUACCUGGCAAGUGUGGCAGAUGAGCGACAGAACGGAGACGAGCCGCCAGGGGACAGCCGGGUCGCCGAUUCCCUGGGCCGACCCACCCCCAGCCAGCUAAAGAAGCUGCAUGAGGCCGAGGCCCAGGGGCGCAACGCCGAGCUCAAGCUCCUCAUCACCCGAGAAAUCCGCAAGCCGGGUCGACGCUAUGAGAAGAUCUUCUACUUCCUGAAACAGCUCCACGGCAGCCUCAGUGUGCGACUGAUAUUCCUGCAGAACAUAAUCAAAGAGGCCGGCAGGUUUAAGAAGCGGGUCCUGGUUGAGCAGCUACAGAGCUUCCUGGAGGAGAUCCACAUGGAGGCAGAUCACAAGAACCACAUACAUGGAUGUUAAGUGUGCCAUGUGUUCUGAUCGCAGUCCUCCCUCGCUCUUCCAGCCCUGCCGUCUUCCUGGGACCUCAUGAAUGCAUGUCUCGUGGGAGCUACUGUUACAUGCUGGGCUUCUGGAGAGGCACAGAAGUACAUUACAGACUGGGUGUAAUCAACGUGUGAUACUCAAGACAGGAAGUGGCAGAGAACUUCCACAUGGGGCUGUAAACGCUUGUGUGUUUUUUUUAUUUUUUAUUUUUUUCCUUUUCUGAGAGGUUUGUUCUGUCUUGUUACUGCCUCUGUUACAGUGCUGCUGCUGGUGGUUCUGGUGGUACAUCAGUAUACUGUGGCUGUUACCACGAUGCUUGGGCUCCUAGAGUGCAGAGUGGUUCUACUGCGACUUGUCGCAUAGGAGUCCCUACUCUGGGCAUGUAGCCUCUCCAUGCUGUAGGAACAACAUUUUCCCCUCCAUUGGGAUAAUGGUGAAGCAUAGCGAACCUGCAGCCACCGGGUGAAUCCCUACAUAUCUGCCAGUAGGACUGGAUUGUCUUGUGGUCUCCACAUGCCUGAUUUGUGGAUUUCAUUUAUAUCCACUGAUGAAAUUGCACUCUUACCAUAUCCACCAAUGGGGUGAUAGGUGCUGCACUAGGAGGUUACUCACAGGAAGGCGGAGAUUGCUGUGUCAGAAUUGCCUGUGAAGUUGCUUUCUCUGUUGUGAUGAUGCUGUCUGAGACUGACAUCACACCAUCAGACCCUCUUAAAAAAGUUAACUUUGUUUGUUGGUCACACUUUAUUGUGCCCCCCGCAAACACUCACACAAACACAUCUGACCAAAAUACAACACUCUCGUAAAAGAAUAUUGAUGAAAGGAUAUUGACUCCCUCGAUGUUCAACUUUUUAAAGAAAUUUUAGGUUCUUGACGUUUUAAUUUACAGCAAGUGCUUUGAGGCACGUCUGUCUUGGGAAGCAGUAUUGUUUUCGGAAAUCUCUUUGGUGGGGGAGACCAGUUGACCUUCUGCAGGUGGUCGCCAAGUGCUGAAACUCUCCCUUCCCAUUUACCUUAGCUACACCAUCCAACACAGGGACCAAAUCUUUGCCAUACUUGUCAAUUUUUGUAAAAUUUCAGAUGCUAUCAAAUAAAGUAUUUUCAAUAUAUUGUAUCUGUGUAAAUAGUUUUCAGAGAUAUUUAAAGUGCUAUAUAAUGAGUUGCGCUUUUCUAAGUAUUUACACAAAUAAAACUCCUUUCUAUUUUACA